AUGUCUGACACUGGCCAACAUCAAGAAACCGAGGCCAUCACGCCCGCCAUCAUGGCGGUUGGACCCCGCAUUAGAUACCCGAUCAUUUACCUCUCCUACCAAGUUUGGGUGGAGCACAGAGUACUCUUCCCCAAUGGCACACCUUCUUAUGCUAGGCGUUCGGAAGAGCCGCGGACCCCCGAUAAUUGGAAAUACCACCAUGAGUGUAUCACCACGAACGACGAGGAUGUUGUCCCCAUCCCACCAUGCGAGGUUCCUUUCCAGCACAUGGCAUUUCGGGACUUCAGGCGAUGUGUGAUUGAAGCGGUUGGCGCCACCCGCUCGGAUUUUGACUUCACGAGGGUAUUGCGAGCGGCGGAUGCGGCCAACAAACUCCAGUGGCGCGGUUAUCGUACUUGUCCGGGCGGACCGACACCCCGUAACAUGAAUGUUGUCCGAAAUUACGCAAAUUUUGCCCAGAUGGCUACCCUCGCGGCACUCCCUAUGAGGUGCCACUUGAGGUUGUUCAUGGAUGAUCCGGCGCAAAUUAUUGGCAACCGGAGCUACUGGACCUGGAUUCCUCAUAUUUGGCCUCACGAGGUUAUUGUGCCCUUUGUGCGUAACGGGGCACUCCCUCCUCCCCCAGAGGAAUGUUUUGUUCUUGGGGCGCCACUCCCGGGAAGCGAUGCAGGCGAGGAGGCGACUUCCACUCGAUCAAGUGUUGAGCCGCCACCUUUGCCGUUGGCAACCUCCCCCACGCCAGAUCCGACUGGCACUCGAUCAACUGUUGAGCCGCCACCUUCUCCUUCCAGCUGGGUCAUCAAUACCCCCUCGUCGACCACCCCCACGCCACCGUUGGUGGAGUCCCCGUCUUAUCAUUCAAGCUCGGCUAGAUCCUCAUCAGUACACGAGUGGCCUGCGUCUUCCGAUUUCAACUCCGAUGGACCGGCGGUCGAUCCACCUCUGUCAAGCCCCCGUCAAGACAAUGGGGUCAAGGCUCCUUCAUCCGGCCAGAGGAGCUUGGUUGCAGCUGAAGGCGUUAUCAGUGGGCCCUCUUCUUCAAACAUCAGAGGCUCUCGGGUCGCUCGCGACGAUCCUCCAUCGUCUUCGGGAAUCGAGAUGCUGGAUGGCCCACCUUCGUCCUGGAAAUCCAAGGAUUACGAAACAAUCAAGCAAGUCCGAUCGUCUUCGCCGGACGUUGAGGUAGUGUCUAAGAAGUCUGGGUCUCUUAAGGCCUGCCGCAGCACCUGA